AAAAGUUUCGUCACACAGUGCUCAUUUUCGAAGUAGUUUUUCGAUUUUACUCGAGUACACGCUGGUUAUAAACCGAACAUUUUUUCCGAUUCCAUAAUAUUGAUACUGAAAUUCAUAAAAUCUGCCUGAAAAUUAACUAUAUUUCGCUUAUUUAUUACAAUUUUAGAUAAUUUUAUUAGUCAGUUCUAUCACAAACAUGUGCAUCGUUUAGUGUUCGGACGCGAUCGGAGGGGCUCGUUAUCGUUGAUGGAAUACGUGCUUUUGGUGAAACAGCGACGACGCAUAUAGCAUAGGUGGCGUUGUGACACACAAUCAGGGUAAGAACUUAAGUGACAUCAACGCCACAUUAAGAAGGGUUAAGUUCUUAACGGACUCAACACCAACAUUAUAAGAUAUUGAACACUCCAUCCAAAUGUCAUGGCAACUAGGCUCAAUAGAAAAAAUGCAUCCACUACAUCAGCAAAGGAGAUAGUACCCGCCGAAAGGCUCACCACCAAAAAUGAUCCCAAUGCUGAAGGCGUCUCGAAACCGGGUGUCGGCAGGCAGGUAAAGAACACGUCCAUCGUCAAAAGAAUAGCGAAAAAGAGUCCGCCGAAGAAAAUCCUGAAGAAACCCUCUAUAGCCAUAAAGAUGAAAGCAAAAUCAAAAAAAGCGGUGAAGCUGAAUCAAAAUAUAUCGAAGGUCUUCCGGUUAACCGCGAAGCAGAAGGAGAAGAUCAUGAACAGCGUCAUCAGGCAAGAACCCAGGAAGAGGAAAACUGCAAUAAAAAAGGAGAAGGACGAUUCUCCCCCGGUACUGGAGCCCAUUUUUCCUAUCGAGGAAAACAUAGAGACUAAGAAACAAGCAAAAAAACGAUUGCCAAAGAAAUCCAUCAAGAAAAAUGUAGAUUUACUAGAUCCGAAGAAGAUUAAAGUGGAGAAUGAUGACAAUAUUUCAGUAUCGAGUGACGUAACGGACAUUUCAAUCGCAGAAAUACCGACUUUACCAAAACAAGUUAGAAAACCCAGAGCUUCUAAGAAGCCCAAAGUCGAAAACGAUUCUUUAGAAGACGUGAUGAACGACCUGUCAUAUUUAAUAAAAGGUGAAGACGUAAAGAGGGAAGUAGAGGAUUCAAUGUCGGAAUCUGGUAAAAGCGACACAACAAUUAAAACAAAAAAGUUAACAAAAAGGCAGAGGAUAGAACAAUUAAAAAAGAAAAUAUUGAAAAAAGAAAAUUUGGAAAACACCUUAAGUAAACUGGACUUCUCCGACGAGAAGGUGAUCGACACGCUAGAUUUAAACGUAAGGAAGACCAAGAAAAAGUCCCCGCUAGCCAAACGCCGGCACAGCAUAGAAAAAUUCCCUAUAGGCCCCAUGGAAACCUCGGACGUCCCCAUCCCACAACUGUCCCCGUUCAACAGCUUACCCAGGAGCGUCAGCCCCCGACCCAAGAGGAACGCAAAGGUCAGGCAGAGCGUCGAAGGGGUUUGCCGGCGGUCCAGCCCUUACACCACCAGAUCUGACUCCCCCGCGAGGAUGCUGCGGAACGGCAAACAACGCAAACUUAAAGACAUGAAUCUGCUAGAAGGAUUGGACACGGAAAACAAGAAACGUAGAAGGCUGUGCUCCGAUUUAAGCGGUAGUGAGAUGUCCGUUUCCAAACUAUCGGGUUACGAAUCCGAUAGCAGCUUCUCGGAUUUGGCUUCUUUACACGGGGGCGAAAAUAACGACUCGAAAGACGUCGACAUGAAAUGUGUCAACGCGAAGGAGGUGUUUGCUCCGGAGAGUGACGUUGCGAUUCCCGCUUUGAUAAAACGGACUGCCUCUUCAGAAACUGCCGCAAAUGGACCAAAUGAAAAUAUAAGACUAAUAGAUACUAAUUCCAAUUUGUGCAAUAACUUAAACGUAAAUCCAGUAGACAUAAAUUUAAACGAUAAAAAGGAGAUCAAACAAGAAGUAUCGGAAGAUAGCACUUUAUAUUCGAUAAAUCCGAGCAUUAAGGUGCCGGAGAAGUCUAUAAUACUCGACAUAAUGAAGCAAACGUUCAAUGAUGAAAACUGCGUAAAGACGGUGAAAAGACCCGAGCGAAAAACGGACCUAACAACAGAAUCUGUUGUGGUAUCAAAGUUUUAUGGGAAAAGCCCUCAACUAGCGCUUAAUAGUGACGUAACCAAUAGUAAAAAUGAUGAAGCUGCUGCGCUUUCAACAGAUGAAAUGCCCGAACUUACAAUGCAAGUUCUAACCGAAGAAAUUUCCAAUUUCGUAGAGGAACCGAUUGAACAUCACCUUAACAGCGAGAAAGUUUCUGUUGUAACAGAAAACGAAUGUCAUGAGAUUAUCGAAGAGAAUUCCACCGCAAAAGAUGAUAAAGAAGUACAAGACACUAACGUGGAUUUAACAAAGAACGAAGAGGUAGAGUCGGAGAAGGUGUUAGAUCCCACCGAAGAUGCUAAAAGUGAAGAAAUUAAGGAAAUUAAUUCGGAAGUUGUUACCAACUUGUCUUUGGAUUUAGAACAAGACUCGGAGAGUGAAAGUGCUCUUAAAAUUAGGGAAAUAAAUCAAGAGAUUGAACCUACUACGAAACCAUUAGCUGAGGAACAAAUUUUAGAGGAGAACUGUGUUGCCAACAUGACUGACUUGAGUGAACAGGCUGCAAAGGAGGAUGAAGAGAAUAGCGGCCCCUCUAUGGCAGAAUCUGCAGAGGAACUGGCGGAAAAGGAGAACAUACUAAAGGCGUUGGGUCUUCAGAGUCUGAGGGCAGCUGAAGAGGCCAAACAGAAGACGAAGGAAAAACCCGCUUCUAAAAGUGAUAGUUAUACAGGAACUUUAAAGACUGUGAUCAAGAUAAAUCGUGAUAAGAAGAAGGGACGGAAUUCUUUUAAAAUGACCCUGCAGAAGAACAAAGGGAAAGCGGCUUCCGCCGUCGUGGAACAAGCUCCCAACGAGGAGAAUUACGAAAUUAUGAAAGAGGGUACCUCCGCCGCAUGGAAACAGGGGAGCCAGUCCUCGGACACAGCUGGUGCGCACAGAAAAUCACACUAUUCUAACAGAUCUAACAUGGAUGGCAGUAGCGAACACACGUCCGACGGAGAAGCUCCCGCCCAGGACGGCUCCAUAAAAGCUUUAGUCAUUCCGGAAAAAGCCAGCUCCUUCAGUAUCCAUCCGGGCAGGCUCUGCAAGGAUGAAUGCUCCUAUUGUUUCGGCAAAUUCGGCUUAUUCGACACGCCCUGUCAUAUCGCUCAGAUGAAGAGCGUCGAACGGCAGAACAAAAUACUAGCCACCGAAAAGCAUCUCACGAGGGACUCCUGCCUAUGCGACGCCUGUUACAGACAUGUAGACAGGAAGUCAAAUACUCCCUCGUACACUAAUAAGUCUUUAAAGCGGAACUCGCUAGUAGCGCCCGGUCCGAGACAGAACCACUGCCACGUUUUAGGGUGCAACAAGGUAUCCUCGAACAUUCUGCGUAGGAAAUGGAUCAUUAAGAUGAGAAAGAGCAUCUGUCAAGUGAUUAAUAUAGAUCUGGACAAUCCCGGUUUGCAUUCGAUUCCGAUAUGCGACGAGCAUUAUUCCGCCUUGGAGCAUUUGAUGAUUUGCGCCAUGUGCAAGAGAAGACUGGCAAGGAACCAUAUCCAUUACCUAGGUCCCGAGACGGGCGAUUUGAAUAACGCCUUAAAGGACGAAGGGAUUCCGCUCAUGUUGACUGAUAAACCUGUUGUUUGUAAGCUGUGCAAAUGUUUCGCUUCUAUAAUAUUGAAGGAUCCCGAGGAGAGGCCCGAGAACAGCACAAACUUCUUCAAGGAAUAUAAGCGAAGGCUUCUACAUUUCAAUGACAUAGUCCCGAUGGACGAAGCCGCUGCGGAAGAGCCCAUAUCAGUGCCGAGCAAAACGGAUAGAAUAGACCAAUUGAAAAAGAAAACCAAGAAGCUUGGGAAGAACUCCACCGCUAACGAUUCGGCUAGUCAGAACGAUAGUCAAGACGCAAGCGAUUUUCCUGAAAAAAUCCAAGAAAGAGUGCCUUCGACUGACACCAGCAGUCAGCCACAGUCCCGUUCAGAAUCUCCAAGUGACGAGUAUAAUAGCGUGGAUUACACCACUCUUAUACCGGCUAUCGCGAUGGACUGUGGCAGCGAUACGGAAUCUAAGAAGGAGCCGCCCAGGAAGGCUCCCGUUGUGAUAAAAAAGAUACCAAGAAUAGAAUCUAUUAAAGAGGCUGUAGAAAUCUCAAAAGUAAUAAAAGUGAACAGUGACAAGUGCAAGAGUAGCGACGUGGUGGUGCAAAAAUUAGGAUCCAAUCCGUCGAUUUCAGUCCGCCAACUGUUCCCCGGCGAGGAAGACUUACCGCUCAGCGCCCACGUCGACUUCAGCAACGUGAAAGAUCGCACCCCGGAAGGGUGGGAGAAGUGCUGUUCGACCAUCCAGUACGACGGAGAAACCAAAAGACUGUGGCAGGAACUGCAGAAACCCUACGGCAACCAAAGCAGCUUUAUGCGGCACCUGAUCCUCUUGGAGAAAUAUUUUAGGAACGGGGACCUAAUUCUGUCGCCCACCGCUAGUCACCACUCCAUAAACUAUAGCGAGUCCGUUCACAAUCGACUGAGAGCGUACGACAACAUCCCGACGAGCGCGGGCAACAUCCAGCCCAUCAGCAUGAUACCUUUCAACAAGAUGCAGAAGAGCAGCAGCGGGAUAAUCACCAGCGCGAACGUAUCGUUGAGUUUGAACACCAGCACGUCAACGCACAGCAGCGUCACGUCCUUGGGCAACAAUUCCGCCGUGUCCGUCACUUCUAUAACGAACAACGUAGCGAAAAACACGCCGUUGACGUUGUCUCAGCUGAACAGCCCGCCUUUAAUACCGGCAGGGGCGGUCCUUCAGCAGGUCAGGCCGAAAAUGGUGGGGGCUCCUCCGGGGCUGAUCUCUUUACAUCCGGGCACCACCCGGCCCAUAGCUCCCCUGGUGAAGGUGCCGCAGUCGCAGAAAAUCAAGUUUCCCAUAACGAAAAACUGGAGGCCCAACUUGAUCCCGAUCGAUCCCACCAAGAAGCAGGAAAGGAAAGCGGGACUAGUACAGGUAAUAUCGGGGGGCAAACCAUAUCAUAUCACGCUAGAAGACUACAAGAAGAUGUGCGCCAUAAAGAGGAGCUUCGAGAUGAAGCAGAAACGGCUGCAGGAAGCGCAGCACGCGAAGCCGAUCCUCGUAACCCACAAUUCCGUUUUGAAAUCCAUCACGCCUAGGAAAGGCUUGAUAAUUUCGAAAACUCCAACGGGCGCUAAUUCCGCCAAAGGUGAAAUAGUCACGCCUCAGAGUGAUAACGGCAAUGACGGUGAGAAUAUUCUCGAGAAACUCGACAAACAAGUCGAAAAAUUAGAGUCCAAAUUGAACGAGAAACCGUCGUCACUGCUGUUACCUAAAAUACCCAAAUCCCUUACCGUUAUCCCGCAAACUGUAACCAGGAAGUCGAGACCUUCGAGCCCCGCCCUACUAAUAACGCCGAAAGGUACCGCUAAUAAAUCAUGAUUAAAUGUUCUGACAAUUGUUCGAAGUGCCUAUUAUAAAUAUUACAGGAUGAUCUAAAUUCUCGUAUAUUUUUCCCCUAAAAGUAUAAGAAAUAUAUCAUCCGAAUUUUAUCCAAUAAUUUUUUUUAAUUAUGUAAUAUUAAUAACAAGUUAACACUUAUUUAUGUUUCUCUAAACUGCAUUUCUUACCAAAUCCGUUGAGUGAUUUAUUGCCCUUUAUUUAAUAUAUCAUAGAUAUACAUUUAUUAUGAAAAUAUAAUUAUACAUACACCUUUAUAAAUGCAUUGUUUUGUAGAAUUGUUGGCAACUUGUAUAAAUUGCUUCGGAUUAAAGUAUUGUUGAAAUAUUGACACCUCUAGAUAAUAUUUUUUUAACACGAGACCAUGUAUAUAGCAUAAAAAAAUUUAUUUGUACAUUGUAUAAAUAUUAGUAAUAACAGAUGGAGCUGUCACGACUUUUUUAAUUUUAUUUAAUAGCAAUAAGCAUGCAGGCUAUAGGAAAUCACACUUAAGAAGCACAGAGGCAUUUUCUCUAAAGCGUUAUAACGAAUUGAAACUUGAAAUUUCAAGUUUAAACUAUGAAACACGAAAUAACAAAUUUCAACUUAAAAUUUUGGAAUUUGAAUUUGAAAUAAACAAAUAUGUAGAAAGGCCAGACAUUCGUAAUUUUUUUUA